CAUGCGUAUGGCCCCAUAACACUCCCCAUACACACACACUCUCCUUCGCUGCGCCAAUAUGUUCCAUCGUCAUCACUUCUCUCCUUCCUCUUCCUCUUCGUCUUCCUCGUUGGCUUCCCCCCGAUCUUCCUGAUAUUUUUCCUCCCAUUUCGUUCGCCUUCGACACCUUCUCGUUCCGCUCCCAUGGUGCUGAUCGAGCUCGCCCAGCACGGGACUGCCCCCGGCACAGCGAGAGCCAGGCCCAGCGCCACGAAUCUUCACCGGAUGUCGGCGUCGCAUGGCGGAGCUGCGAACCCCCUGUUUCGUCGAUUUGCAUGGAUUGAUUGAGGGAGGGAGCAGAAAUACAUAAGAACUUUUUUUGUUUGCUGGAGGGAGCGAAUUCAAUCUCUCGCUCAGAGCAUUUCCAGCAUUGUCAUUCCUGUACUGGACUGUACCCACACGUCUCUCUCUCUCUCUCUCCUCUCUCUGAGAUCACCCACAGAGUCACACCUUCCGUAUAUGCUGUAGAAGAAGGGUACAGCUCGGCUUGUUUCACAACCAAAGAAUCGUCACGCUCUCUCUAUGAAACUUCUCUUCCUAAACCCACCACACUCUCCUUCCUCCAAGCUUCAAUCCCUCUUCUCCUUCCAUCCUCUCUUCCCUCCACCCAACAACCAUGGCCCCAUCAGCUCCACCCACCACAAGCCCACCCGGUGGUCCCCGAUGGCCUCCUCUGCAGCCGCCCACCACCGCCUCCGCCGCGGCGCCAAGGUGGUGGUCAUCAUGGGCGCCACCGGGUGCGGCAAGUCCCGCCUCUCCAUCGACCUUGCCUCCCUCUUCCCUUCCGAGGUCAUCAACUCCGACAAAAUGCAGGUCUACCGGGGCCUCGACAUCACCACCAACAAGAUCACCCCAGCCGAACGCCACGGCGUCCCCCACCACCUCCUCGGCUCCUUCGACCCGGACGAUGGCGAGAUGAGCCCGUCGCUGUUCCGCUCCCUCGGCCACGCCGCCAUCUCCGGCGUUGCCUCCCGCGGGAAUCUCCCCCUCCUCGUCGGUGGUUCCAACUCCUUCAUCCACGCUCUCCUGGUGGAGCGGUUCGACCUGGAGACGGACGUGUUUGGCGGGCUCAUCUCGCCGGCGGGCCCCGAGCUGAGGUACGACUGUUGCUUUCUGUGGGUCGACGUGUCGCUGCCCGUCCUGGAGGACUACCUGUCGAAGCGCGUGGACGACAUGCUAGACGCGGGCAUGUUCGAGGAGCUUGCCCAAUACUACGAUCCGGGCAGGACCGACCCGGGGGGACGGACGGGGCUUAGGAAGGCCAUAGGCGUGCCGGAGUUCGACCGUUAUUUCAAGAAGCACCUGCCGAGGAGGGUGGGCCAGGGGGGCGACGAUUGGGCGCGGGAGGACGCGUACGAGGAGGCGGUGAGGGAGAUAAAGGAGAACACCCGCCUGCUGGCGAGGAGGCAGGUCGGGAAGAUCCUGCGCCUGAGGAGUUGCGGGUGGGAGCUGAGGAGGCUGGACGCGACGGAGGCGUUCAGGCUGGCGGUCGGCGGCGGCGGCGGCGGCGGCAGGUGGCGGGACGUUUGGGAGGGGCAGGUGGUGGGGCCGAGCGUGAAGAUUGUGAAUCGGUUCUUGCAAGAGAAGUAGGUGUCGUUUUCCCGUUCCCAUUUUUUUUUUCUCUCUCUUGUUUGUUGCGUAAAUUUUGGGAGAGGUUCAAAAAAAUGAUGUCUCUCUCUCUCUCCAUAGGGGACGGGGGA